GGAAGUGUUAAUCACUGACCGCUGCCAACAUGGAUUUAACAAGCCGGCAAACCGUGAACUGCAUCUGACUGACUGACUUUCUCAGUUAUGUUUUUAUAAACUAACGUGUUUUGUAUCGUGAUCUUCACUGGAGCUCAUGACCGCUGACGUUGUCGAGUGAGCGCUGAAGCUAAGCUAAGCUAAGCUAAGCUAACUGUACACAGUGUUGUGUUUGUGAUGUGAGCUGGUCGAUAGUCUGUUAUUGAGGAUGUACACUUUAUUAUCGGGUCUCUACAAAUAUAUGUUUCAAAAGGACGAGUACUGCGUCCUGAUCCUCGGUCUGGACAAUGCUGGAAAAACGACUUUUCUGGAACAAACAAAAACAAAAUUCAUUCACAAACAGUCCUGCUUGUCUUCUGUUCCUCAGAACUGUCUGUCUGUGCCUGACAUUAAGACGGCUUUCAGCGACUGCGCUCCCAAAAUCGGUAAAAGAGACUGUCUGGUGCAGCCCUGCAGUGCUUUAUCAGGGCAGGGCGUGAAUGACGGCAUUGAAUGGAUGGUCAAAUGUGUGAUCCGGAACAUUCACCGGCCACCCAGACAGAAAGACAUCACAUAGAGCGCUGUGUGUGUGUGUGUGUGUGUGUGUGUGUGUGUGUGAGAGAGAGAGAGAGAGAGUGUUUCUCUGUAAAUUCAGAGUGGAUGCAGUUAUCAUACCACAUGUAAGUUAUGAUAUUAUAUUUGGGUGAUACUCAGAGUUUGAUAUCUAUGCUAGCUAUUUCUAUGCUAAACUGACACUAGUUUUGUUUUCUGAUGAGUUUUUAGGUUCUCUGCUAAAACCUUUAAAAUCAUGCCUUCAGAUUAAAUCAGUCAUUUAAACAUAAUGAAAACAUUCCUCAUGCAGCGUUUCAAGAGGCGUUGUUUUUAAGACCCAACAAAUCAAAACCUAAUUUCUAAUUACUAACCAAUUCUAUAAUAAACGGCAGAGUUGGAAAUGAAAGUAUUUGUGUCUCGGUUUAAUCAGCACGACAGAUGUUUUCCCAACCCUUGCAAAUCCAGGAAAUGCCUUAUUCUGUCAGGACUGGCUUUUAUUGAUUUACUUUUGUCUAAGCUGAAUGCAUUUUGCAUGAAGGCAGCGGUGAAUCAAUAAUCGCUGCUCAUGCAAUGAAUGUUAUUACAGCAGCAAGCAUCACAUCUGUGACCUCGGACGCUUCACCCGUUCGCUUCAGCUGCAGAAUAUUAUAUGUGUGUGUGGGUGUGUGAAAGAGAGUCGAUAUAAUGUUGAACAUGUGCCUCCUCUCUCUGCUCUGAAUGCACAUACUUUCAAGACCCAAAUCACCAGACAUUCCCAGUUUGUGUGUUUAAUCAGCUGAUCAGUGGUGUUUAAGGCAGACGUCACUAGUACUGUAGCUCAUAUUUAGUGUUUUUUUUUGUUGUUCAGAUCUCUAACACUAAGUCUUAACAUUGAGUGCGUAUACGAGUGUUUGAGACGGAUGAUCUAAACCUGCUUGAAUCAGGCUGUUUCCUUGUGCUGUUGUUUGAGGACAGCAAGCCGCUCUUCGCACGCAAGCCUUCAGCAGAGGCAUGAAUUGUGUAUGAAGACUUGUGUAAUAGUGCAUCUGUGGAUCUGGAAUGGAACUAGAAUAUUAGCGCUGUGUUACAAUGCAAA